AUGGUUCUCCCGGAAACAACAAGACAACAGAUCACUGCGGCUCUUUUUCGUCAAGAACCUUACCCGUACAUCUGUCUCACCUACAAUGUCUCUGACAGACAACUCCGGAGGAUAGCACAUUGUCUUCGAACAUGGGGGACGACGGUACCGCCACGAAAAGAGCAUACAAAGCCAAUGGGACGGCCUCCAGUUGUGCCGAAAGAGGUCCAAGAAGAACUCCGAGAUUAUGUCGAGAAACACCCAAUAGCUGGACUCAAAGAGAUCCAGUCUUAUCUGCAAAGUGAAUGCAAUACCAAGUUCGGCCUUUCAACGAUAUCGCGGCGGCUGAAAGAUAUGGGGUAUGCCCUCAGCAUCGUGUCUCGAGGAGCAACGUCGGUGGAAAAGGACAAUAUUCCCAACCUUAGCCAAGAGGACAGGGAACGCUUGUUACUGGAUCCCGUUGCAACGGAAGCGAUGGCUGGUCGCGGUACGGUCUAUGCGUGGUUAAGAGGCACCAAGCCAGUUCCACGUCGGCAAGGCGUCCGACCAAAGAGGAAGAGAGCUUCCGAUGAUCCUCAAGGACACGAAGUAGAGGAUGAUAGAGAGCAUUGUAGUGAAUUUUCUGAUGUGGACUCGCCAGAACACGAUGCUAAUGGCCCGGGUGCAAAUAUACGGGCCUCAGAGCCUUCAACCACCCAUGGCACCUUAGAGUGA